CCAACUAAUAAACUAACGUGUUAACAAAUGGAAGCUCAUUGUCAGCGGUCUUGUAAUUUCUGUCUGUGCGGUUGCAGGAAAUGAUCAAGCCGAUGUUCAUGGCUGCCUCUUUACCCGGAGGAGGCACCAGCACCAACAGCACCACCACACAGUCGUCGGCCUCUUCCUCUCCCUCCUCUUCCUCCGUCUCCAUGCAUGCAUCCAGCAGCACCUGCUGGCCGGUGGCCGCCGGGAUGAACGCUCAGAGCGUCUCCAGUGCAAACGGGACGGUGCUCAAGAGCUCUCCGGCGGGGGUCAUGCAGCUGCCCGCCGGAUUCACGCUCAUGCCAGGCGCUUCUCUUCCUCCUGGCACACACACUAUUCCUCUCAGUCAGCUGCAGACACACACUCUGGCCAUACAGUGUCCACAGACGCAAAACACACAAGCCAGCACACAGGCCACGCUCUUCCGCCUGCCGGCUGCCGUCUCGCUCACAGGUGGUGCGAUGCCUCAACAUUUACAGGCCUUCCGGGUUCACCCCAGUCCUCAAAGCAGUGACAGCAGUCCAGAGAUCAGCCAGACCUCCACCAGCUCCACUGCAAGCCACACCGCUACGAUAGUCACUUCCUCAGUGCCUUCUUCAAUGGCAGGUCACAUGAUGUACCCCGGAGCGCACGUCAUGUACGCUACAUCCACCCCUACCCUUGCCGACGGGGGUCUAACUGUGCUCAAUACCUUCCCACAAACACCCGCCGCGAUGCACAUGUCCCACACACAAGCCCAAGACUCAGGUGCAGUUCCUCAGAUGUUUUUCACGGGACCUCCUGGAACCGUACAGAUCCCAGUUUCAGCCGUUCCACUACAUUCGAUGUUGAUAAACCAGCAGCCCACCGGUAGCAGCAGCGCCACCCUCACGGAGCUGCAGGUGGUGAAUCUGGACAAUCCCAAAGGAGACUGACCCGUAACGCAGGAGGCCGGUGUGACCGUUCAGUCGCACUGAUAUUCCAGGGAUCACUCAUGCCAUGCAGUCAGACUGCCAUUGUAUUUAUUACUGCCUUCUCGCUGUGUGGGACAUACGUCAAUAAUGAGGUGUAAUGGGACGUUUGAAGGAUGAUCACGUCUCCUCACGGACUCGUUUUGGUGGGUAGUGUGAUAAUGGAUGAUUUUUGUUCACGCGCAUCUAUACUUCAGGAUUUCAUAGAGACGUGUCUGCACUAUCGCUUCUGGGUCUUCACCUGUUUUUGCCGAGAGAUGUAUGAUUGUUCAC